UGUAUUAAGGUAAGCUAUUGAUAAGGCAUAUACGUUGUUUCUUCUAGAAUUAAAUAGAAUAUGUUUGAGAUUUGAGUAACACACAAAAUAAAACACGAAUCAGUGAAAAUGUGAAAAUGUGAAGCAACAACUAUUCCUAAGGCAUUUAGGCAGGAGUAUGACGACGACGCUGCCACAUGUUUUUUUCGUAUCUUGUAUUGUUGUUUAUAUCUGCGCCAUAACAAUAUUGAGUAAUCUCAAAUUUUGCAGCAACAACCAGUCCCCAGAGCUCUUUCAGAUUAAAACCUACUUUCGAAAUUAAUUCAAAGAGCUCUGGGGUCGAAAUGAGCAACAACGAAUAUCUUCUGUUUACAUCAGCCAUGUUUCGCAAAAGUAUGUGAAAAGAAAGUAGCCAAAUGGAAAUAGUCUCAGUAUAUGUGAUAAAAAUCACGGCUUUUUACGCCUGGGCGCAAAAUACCGGCAGCAUUUUGCGGCCAGUCGGCCUUAAUAUCUUUGAGGAAAGUUUAGGGCGAGGUGGAGAGGGGACAGCGUCAGUGUUUUACAUUAUGUUUUACUAAGGCAUUUGGUGCUUUAGUUUACAUGACAUAAUAACAUUGGCAAUAUUUUUUAAACCCACAUGGCGAGUCAACACGAGCCGUGUGUGAAAAACAUUCUGUCUUAUUCUAAUUUCAAAGCUAUGCGUAGACAAAGGCUACUCACUUUUUUAACUAUCUAGCUAGCUAACUGAUUGUACACAUGUAACGAUAACAGUAUGACCCGGAGAAUGACAUCAUUCUCGUCAACACACCAGCAGUAGGUGUCAUGUGUCAGGUCGUUGUGUUUGGUAUUUAAAAGAGCUUCAGUUAGUAUAUGUAUAUUUUUGCUAUGACAGCUGUUGUUUAAAAAACAGAGGUGGUGAAUAUUACUAUGUUGCUUUGUUAAAUUGUGUAAUCAAUACUUACUUAAUCACUGUGUUACAUGCAUGAUUUUUAAAAUUAAUUACUAUGUUUUGUAAUUAACAAAAUAAUGUCAACGAAUUCAGCUGUAAGUAAUAUAAGAUGUAAGUAAUAUCUAGCUAGCUGCUACAGUAAUUAAGAGGUGAUUAAUGAUGAUUUGUGUUUCAGAAAAUGAUCGUCAUAAUUUUUUGUUUCACAUGUCAUGUAGGAGGAUGAGCAAACCAAAAAAAGCAGUCAUAAUUCCAGGACAUGGUUCUGGAGAUGUUUUUUUCUCUAACUGGUAUGGUUGGUUACAUAAAAAAUUGAACAACUUAGAAAAUUUUUCCUGUGAUUUAAAAAAUAUGCCUGAUCCUGUUCAAGCGAAGGAAAGUAUUUGGAUCCCAUUCAUGAAAGAAAAGUUGGGUGUAGAUGAAAAUACUCUUAUAAUAGGACAUAGCAGUGGUGCAUGUGCAGCUAUUCGUUAUGCAGAACGUUAUAAUGUAAAUGGAAUUAUUUUGGUUAGUGCUUAUACAUCAGAUUUAGGAGAUAGCUUGGAAAAAACAAGUGGUUAUUUUGAUCGUCCAUGGGAAUGGGAUAAAGUGAAAUCGAAUACUUCUUGGAUCUGUCAGUUUGCUUCAUCAGAUGAUCCAUUUCUACCAUGGUCAGAACAGAAAAAAGUUUCUGCCUCUUUGCAAGCUGAUUUUAAGGAAUUUUCUGAUAAAGGACAUUUUAUGUCAUCCAGCUUUCCAGAAUUACUCUUGGUUAUAAAAAAUUACCUCAAAAUGUAGUGUAAUUAUAUUUUAUAGUAGGAAUGGACCCUAGAAUAAUUUUAAUAAUGUAAUUCUGACCAUUCAUCACAAAAAUUGCCUAAUUUUAAACCUUUAUUAUUGAUUUAUAUAGUUAUAAAGCAAAUUCUCAUACUGUUAUUACUUUUUGGGCCUACU